CCAUUUUGGCUCCGUGGAGAAAGUGACAGGCGACCGAGGAAGAGGGCGCCGCGGCCGCGGGAGCGCCUGAGGCCUCUCCUUUCUCCGUCCGCCCUCCCUCCUUCCUUCCUUCCCGCCAUGUCGGAGACGCUCAGCGGCGAGAGCCGCUCCGACGAGACCGGCGAAGAGAAACAGGAUACGCAAGAGAAGGAAGCGGUCAUCCCCGAGCGAGCUGAAGAGGCAAAGCUGAAGGCCAAGUACCCCAGCCUAGGACUUCAGAAGCCCGGAGGGUCAGACUUCUUAAUGAAGAGGCUCCAGAAAGGGCAAAAGUACUUUGACUCCGGAGACUACAACAUGGCCAAAGCCAAGAUCAAGAACAAGCAGCUGCCAACGCCAGGAGCGGAGAAUAACCUGGUGACCGGCGACCACAUCCCGACGCCGCAAGACCUCCCGCAGCGCAAAUCCUCGCUCGUAACCAGCAAGCUCGCAGGGUAACCUGCAACUCCCGGCGGGGUUUCUCGUUUCGUUUUGAUUUGGGGGUGUUUUGUUUUUGGGUGGGGGGUGCCCGACCAGUUGGACUUUGCUGGAUCAUAGAGCUGGGACACGCAGGACUCGCAUAGCCACCGGACAAUAUUUAUCAUCGUCACGCCGAGGCCAAGACCGGGGGAGCGCGCACGCGAUUCGGUGCAGAGUUUUCUCGCAGCCGGCCUAGCUAGGCUUUCUGGAGCUGGCGUGGCGGGAGGGGGGGGAGAGAAAAACCAGCUUUUGCGAUCAGAGUCGAUGGCGGUAAGAUCCGCAUCCCGCCAGACAGGGACCCCCGUAAGUUUCCUGCUAGUGGGGAGCUCGGCACGAGGGCGCCACGAGGAGAGCCGCGUCUUGGUAUUUGCGGGGAGCCAAGGCCCCUUUCACGCCUGCGGGCAACUUGGUUGCGGCCCCAGUGUUUGCGAGAGCCCCGUGAGGUCGGCCAGUGUCCUUACCCUCCCGUCGCAAACGGGCCCGAGAGAGAUGAGCUUGCCCCAGGCCCCUUGGAGAGGCCACGGCCAAGGUGAGAUCUGAGCUGGGAGCUCCCGGAAGCCGCAACGCUUUGCCUGCUCUCCUGAGAAUUGUUCUCCCAAGUCAGCAGGUCAAGGCUUUGCCUCAUGUCCAUGGCCACGGGCAUCCAGAUGUCUCCGGGAGACUGAGGGCCUUCCCGUUUAUCUCCAGUAACCAGGUACUCAGAGGUACCGUGCCUCUGCUCUGGGAGGUUCCGUUUAGCUGCUGCUGUCAGUAGGCCCCACCCUCCAGGAAGCUCUCUUGUUCCUUCCAGGGUACCUCAGCCAGUGAUGCCGAAGUGGGACUUGCCAGGAGGUAGCAUCAGGUGGGUGGCCGUGGCUGUGUCGGCCUGCUCUACAAGAGCAAGAUGGAUGUCCAGUAGUACUCCCAAGACUGGUUAGAUGGCCGGUGUGUAAGCAAAGGGAGCUUUGACUCUCAGUAGCUGAUAUCCUGGAAACCUGGUUGGUCUUUAAGGUGGGAAGGGGCUGUGGCUCAGUGGAAGAGCAUCUGCCUGCCAUGUGGAA